AAAGUGGAGGAUAUAAAAGGGUUGCUCUGCAAGGGGCAACGAACGCCAGGUCAUCCCGAUCACGGGGAUGGGGGGCAUUGGGAAGACCACGCUCGCCAGGGUGCUUUACAACCAUGACGAGGUGACAAGGGCGUUUCCGCUUCGCGCUUGGAUUGCUGUGUCACAGAAUUACAAACCUGAAAACAUCUUUGCGGAUCUGCUGUUUUCGUUGAAAAUAAAAACACGAAAGCACUUGUGCAAGAUGGCGACACAACGGAAGACAAACUCCACAAGAUCUUGACGACAAUGAAGUACCUUAUUGUAUUGGAUGAUCUGUGGAGUGAGAAGGCUUGGGACGACAUCAAGAAAGUAUUUGGCAACCCUCGUAAGCGUGAUGGAAGUCGAAUCGUGAUAACCACAAGGAAUGAGAAAGUGGCCUCUCAUGCCGACUCUACGAGCCGUCUUCAGAAGAUGGAUCUCAUGGAUGAGGCCAAUAGUUGGGCUCUGCUCAAGCACAAGGUGUUUCCAAAAGAAGAGUUCCCAUCCGAUUUGGAGGCCAUCGGAAAGGAUGUUUCCAAGAACUGUGGAGGAUUGCCCCUUGCAAUUGUGCUUAUUGCAGGUAUCUUGUUCAACGUGGACAAGACUCGGACUGGGGGAGGAAAUUGCGAAAGACGUCCGUGCUGCUGUUGAAGGAAAAGAGGAGUUCGGGAAGAGAAUCUCCUUGAGUUACACCCACUUGCCUCUUAAUUUGAGGCCUUCUUUCUUAUACAUGGGUGGUUUCCCAGAAGAUCACGAGAUUCGAAUCUCCAAGCUAUAUGAAGCUGGAUAGCUGAAGGAUUCGUUAAAAAUGAAGUGGAGGCUGAAGAGUAUCUGAACAAUCUUGUGACGAGGAAUCUGCCAACCGUCACCACCAGCAAGUCCGACGGAAAAUUUAAAAGCUGCAAUGUCCAUGAUCUGGUGCGUGACAUGAGCAAAAGGAAUGCUCUAGAUGAGAACUACGAGCGGCGGCUGAGCAUCGCUCAUCGUGAUCUAACGCGCCUGGCUAGAUCUUACGCCUCAACAAUCCGUACUGUUUUGAGCUUCCAGCCCAAUGAGAGCUCAUUGAGCGGCCUGCGAAAGUUCAAGCUGUUGAGGGUGUUGGAUGUGGUGGAUACCGAUGCCUACUCGCUCCCGGCUCCCGUGUUUGAGCUCUUUCAUCUGAGGUACCUAGCCUUCGGCUGCCCCAUGGAGGUGCCGUAUGCCAUAUCCAGGCUUCAGAACCUUCGUGCUCUGAUCAUCCGUCCCAGCAAGAGGCUGAGGCACCACUCAACGGAUGAGGUGUAUCUACCUCUGGAGAUCUGGACGCUGCCGCUUCUGAAGCAUCUUGUCUCCUUUUUGAUCUUCUACCAAAUCCAGAAGAAGCAGCUUCUGCUCUAAAAGAGCUGGCGACGCUGAUUGUGGUGAAGAAGCUGAUAUGUACAGAAGAGAUGAUGAAGAUGAUUUCCAAUGUGAAGAAGCUGGGAAUCACUUAUUUUGGAGAUAGAUACAAAGAAGACUAUCAGCUCCAGAAUCUUGUUCUUCUGCAGAAUCUUGAGAAGCUGACAUUAAUUGUGAACAAAGAGUCUCCUCUUGAUCAGCAGAAAGCUAAGCCUGUUUUCCCAAAGACGUUGAGAAAGUUAACCUUGAGCGGCUGGCGAUUCCCCUGGAGAUAUAUGAAAGCUGUUGCCUCUCUGCCCCAUCUUCAAGUGCUCAAAUUGAAAGAUCAUGCCUGCGAAGGCGACAAGUGGGACAUUGAUGAAAAGAUCGACGGCGAAGAGAGUGAUGAAGAGAGUGAUGGAGAGGCAGAUGUGUUUCCUGAACUCGAAUAUUUGCUAAUUGAAGAAUCUGAUUUAAAGGUGUGCGUGAUGAAAAAAGGCAACUUCCCAAAACUGAAGCGCCUAGUGUUCAAUGAUUGUGAUAAGCUGAGUAAGAUUCCAGAUGACGUUGGAAAUAUAGCAACACUUGGGCUGAUUGAGGUUGAUCGUGACAACACUUCUCUUGUGGCUUGUGUCCAAGGGAUCCGCGAGAAACAGAAAAAGGAAUAUGACAGGACACUAAAGAUUCGUGAAUUAUAAGGUUAGCCGAUUCUGCUAGUUGAGUUCAUUUAGUUGAUAAUGAGCCAAAUUUGGAUGAUUUUUUUUUGUUCUACCUUUCAGGGCUGUUAAGGAAGUAUUGGGAUAAUUAAGCUUGAUUUGAUGAUCCAGAUUUGAAAUCAAGUGUUCUGGAGAAGCAUCACCCUUUGUGUUUUAUUUACUAAACUUUGAUUUACUUAUCUGUUUUUGAAAACCCUGUUUAUUCAGUAUCUUAUUUAUGUAUUUCUUGAUUCGGAUGCGUAUUUUAGUAGACAAAAAGCUUGUUCUACAAACUCUGAAAAGUUCCAUUGUAAUCUGCAGACAUGCGUUGGAUUAAUUAAGUUACAUGGAGCACAACUUUGUUAUUA